CCUUAUCACUCACUCAUUUACUAACUCAAAACAAUUCAAAUCCUUCAAUCAAAACAAAAAUGUCUCUUUUCUUCCUUGUCUUCCUUCUUUUUGUCUCCUCUGUUACAGCCUGCGAUCGCUGUGUUCACCAAUCCAAAGUUGCUUAUUUUUCUAGUGCUUCUGCUCUUCUCUCUGGUGCGUGUGGUUAUGGAAAUUUAGCAAUAGGCUUCAAUGGAGGUCAACUUGCAGCUGCUGUUCCUAAACUUUACAAUGAGGGUGCUGGUUGUGGUGCUUGUUAUCAGGUGAGAUGUAAGGACCCAAAAAUUUGUUCAAAACAGGGGACAACUGUAAUUGUAACUGAUCUAAAUACGAAAAACCAAACGGAUUUUGUGAUCAGUAGCAGAGCUUUUAAAGCUAUGGCCAUUCAGGGAAAAGCUCAAGACGUUCUCAAAUUGGGAAUCGCCGAUAUCGAAUACAAAAGAGUUCCUUGUGAUUACAAAGGCAAGAAUUUGGCUGUUCGAGUAGAUGAAUCAAGCCAGAAGACAAAUUAUCUAGCGAUUAGCAUCUUCUACCAGGGUGGUCAAACUGAAAUUGUCAGUGUUGAUGUAGCUCAGGUUGGAUCGUCGAACUGGAACUUCAUGACCCGAAACCACGGAGCAAUUUGGGACACAAGCAGAGUGCCAAGUGGGGCAUUGCAGUUUAGGUUUGUAGUGACAGCAGGGUACGAUGGCAAGUGGAUUUGGGCAAAAUCAGUGCUGCCAGCAGAUUGGAAAAAUGGAGUGAUUUAUGACACUGGAGUUCAAAUCACUGACAUUGCUCAAGAGGGUUGUUCUCCAUGUGAUGAUGGAAGUUGGAAACUUAAUUAGUUUUUUUUCCCCCUUCUUAACUGUAACAAUCCGUGUGAAUACACGAACUAAAAUCACAGAAUAUAUAAUAAUAUUAUAGAUUGAUGCAGUUUGAGUAGACAUAUACAGGGAUACAAAUUAAAUUCCCAUUCUUUCUUCUUUUAAGUAAUAUUAAUACUGUAAUUUCACAUUCUUUUUGCUAUCCAGAACAUUGGUUAAUGAUAUCUCUUCUUCCAGAA